GCUCGCGAGCCUGGAAUUAGUAGCGGGGCGGAAAAACCUUGGCUUAAAACCUUCACCGAACGUCUCGGAAAUCUACGGCUCAGUUAAGUCUCGGUGCGAUAUUCGGCGGUGCGUUUCGAUAUGUGUGGGGCUUCAUUUUAAGCAUCUCCGCUACUAGCUCUCUCGGUUCUCGGUGGUACACGCGCGGAUUCGUGCGUAGGUGGUGGGAAUUCCAUGCACCAGCAGCAGCGGCAUCAACGGCAUCAGCGGCAGAAUCCCCACUUUGAUCGCCAUGGACAAAGAGCACGAAGUUCUACUCAACGGUUUCUUGAUAGCCAAGAAGCGGUACCGUGUGUAUUAUAAUGCCGGAAUCCUUGUAUGGGAGGAAGAAGCAGCGAAGAAAGCAAAAGUUGCGGUUCCGAUAACGGAUAUUUUAUCGGUGGUGCUAUCAAAUCGAGCGAACCCCACUACCAACGGGCGCAAAAGAUGGCUAGAAUGCACCAAUUCCCCAAAAGCCGCUUCGUCGUCCUCGACAUCGUCGUCUUCUUCGAGAUCGGCUAAAGCUACCAGCGAUGGGGGGCCCCACGACAGCAGUCUGGACAGCGAUCGCAUACCCGUGCUCUCGAGCUCGUUAUCCUCGACGACCACCAGCAACACGCUAGCCACGAGCAGCCACAGCAAUCGCGAUAGCAGCGAUGAAUUGUCCAAUUCCGACGUACGCCGUGAGGGUGAUUUUUAUGGUGAUGGCAGCAAAACCAUAGUGGGAAAAUAUCUAAUCAUCCAUUACGCUGCCCUCGUCUGCCCGAAGACGAGUCGAUGGCGAGUGAAAAAUGUUGUCCUUCACAACGCUGAACAGCGCAUCGUCAACCACUGGUAUACUCGAUUGACGGACGAUCUACGAGACCAAAAACGACCAAAGAAUUUGCUGCUGUUUUUGAACCCGUACGGUGGCAAAAAGAAUGCCCUCGCACUGUACGAGCGGUUCGCUAAGCCACUGUUUCGGUUGGCCGACGUAGACGUUAAUCUGAUCAUUACGCAGCGCGCCCAACAGAUCUACGAUAUCGUCACGUCCAAAGGUAUUACACUGGGCUGCUAUGAUGGGCUGGUGUGCUGUGGUGGUGAUGGAACGUUUGCCGAACUGUUUAACGGACUAGUAGCUCGUACGAUGGCGGAUCUAGGUCUUGAUGUGAAGCAUCCACCGUACCUGCCGAAACCGAACAUUCCGAUUGGAGUCAUUCCAGCCGGCAGUACCGACACGGUGGCGUACUGUCUCAACGGCACAACCGACAUCAAAACCUCCAUCAUACACAUUAUCCUGGGACAACACAGUGGAUUGGACAUUGCCGCGGUGUAUGAUGCGACCUCGAUGAAGCAACCGGAAAACCAACCGGGAGUAAGGCCACGACCGCAACUGCUCAAGCUCUACGCCAGUGUACUCUCGUAUGGGUACCUUGGUGACAUUGCAUACGACAGUGAAAAGUAUCGUUGGAUGGGACCAAAGCGAUACGAUUACUCCGGAUUCAAGAAAUUUCUACGCAACCGGGGCUACAAUGGCGAGAUUAUAGUCAAUAUCGAUCGUGAUGGUAAGCACGAUCCGAACGAUGGUGUACGGUGCGUGGAAAAAUGUUCCCGUUGCCACCGGGCCAUAUUUGGUUUGCGCGACAGUACCUUCACCGGUGGUGGCAGCAGCAGCGAUAGCGACGAGAACAGUGCUGAACAGCAAAUCGUAAUCAGCGGAAAGUUCCUUAUGGUGAAUGGUGCCAACAUUUCUUGCUCCUGCCAGCGGAGCCCGCAAGGGUUUUCCCCCUUCUGUCAUCUUGGUGAUGGGCAGCUAGAUCUGGUAGUAGUGCGCCACACAUCUCUCUUCAACAACCUUCGCCUUCUACUGACGAUGACUUCAAAAUCGAAGAAAAUUAGCGAUUUGCCAUUCGUGGAAAUCUACCGCACGAAAGAGUUCCGUUUUACAACGCCUUACGUUGGCAAUAGCGGUGCCGGUGAGCAAUCGCGCCUUUCCAGGUGGAACUGUGAUGGGGAGGUACUGGUCGAGACGAACAUCAUCGUUGAAUCCAAUUGUCAGCUGGUGAACGUGUUCCGGCGGGGAAUCAUUCCGGAUCGUGCGGCUGAUACGAUGCUACAAACGAUGACGACGCCCUCCACCGCUGCCUUACCGAACGAUGAUAAGGGUUCAAGCUGCUUCGGUCUUUGCAAAUAGUGCCCCCUUUGUUGCUGCCGUAGUAUUAUCCCUUCCUGGUUUUAGGUGGCCAGGUUUUUUUUCUUCCUUAUUCCUUGUUCCUAGUUCUUUAUCCUUCCGUUUCCUUCUCAUCGUCGCAUACUGUGCCUGCUGGGAUUAGUUAUGUGGUUUGGGUUCGUACGCGGUAAUAGUUCUUUUGGUAAGAUCGUGUUUGUACAUAUCAUUCCAGCAUGCACCGUGUCGAGGUGCUAGGAGUUUCGUAAAACAUCUUCUCCUUUCUUUCGUUCCUUCCACUCAGAACCCCGCGUAUUGUGAGUGAUAAUCUGUGAUCCUAUCUUUACAUUUACAUAGAUGUAUAUACACUUUUUAGAAACAUUUACUUUUAAUAAGCUCUAGUUAAAAGAACGCUUCUAAUUAUUAUCUUUUUAAAAAGUAUGUUUCUUGCCCGUGAUUGCUAGCCUUUUCUUUGUAGUAGUGAUCAAUUAGAAAAGUCGCCGUGCAUUUUGAUAUUUGUAUAACUGUAUAACUGUGACUGACAAUAGCGAAAUGAUAAAAGCAAAAAAGAUCAAGAACAGAUGCUCAGCUAUCAGUUAUCAUGCGAGAAUGAUAAACGAUUGAAACAUUAGAACUCGUUUACAAAUUGCUCAAUGCUACGGUUCGUUAUUAAUGUGACAGUAUUCCAAUUGCAAUGUAUUGAGCGCAUCUGUAGCGCCGAAUCCCUGUCUCAGACAAUUUACUAAACAGAUAAACUAUUCUUGUAGCUAGGGAUUGCUGAAUUCCAUGUCGGUUUCUCAAAAAAAAAAACGAAAAUGCCAUCGAGUUGUGCAUGAGUUCCUUCAAAGAGGUUUGUGAAAAAUGAGACUUGUUUUAGAGGAAAGGUAAUUUAGAUGGGUCAAGCAAUGCCGUGUGGGUCACCGGAUAUCUAGAAAGCAAUAUUCAAUACUAUAGCUCUCCUGCAAUUAAUAAGACACAAAAAUGCGAACAAAUUAGGUACAAAAAUAUCGAACAAGGAUGGUUACGGAGAACAGGAAAAGCAAUAAUCUAUGCAACAGUUCAUACGCAAUAAAUAAAAAAUAGCGAAUCAAUAUGACGGAAUUGGUACAAAAAGAACGACCAACAACAAUCCUACUGAUAGUUUACAUUGCUGAGGCCACGGUAUUGAAACCAUUCCAUUCGGAUAUAUGUUAGCUGCCACGUUCACAGAGCUAAACUAUUGCAUCCCCAUUCAGAAUGGUACGUAAACGUGGUACAACAUGCUCUCUUUUCCAUCUUGAUAGCUGAUGGAUUCGAGUAAGCGGCGCUAAAUACAAGCAAUAAAUGCCUACUAGGAUUAGAGUGUUUUCUAGCAAUAUAUGGUUAACGAUUGAUAACCGCAAGUCGGUUGAACAAAACGUGCUGGUAGUGAUUCGAGAGCGAACGUAGCUCUGCUGCCGGCUCCUAUUGUGGUUUGGUAAAUUCUUAUUGUAGGGAAAGGGAAAUAUACUUGGGUCGCCUAAUGACUUGUAAUAAAAACAAUACCCAUGCUCAACACCCA